AAUCGUCGUUUACGAGAAGAAGCCCAGAAGUUGAAACGGGAAAUGUUCUCGAUACAAAAGGCCCUAGCCGAGUCGCAGAACUUGUUGAGUGAACUGCAAAAACCUGUUCGUUUUCAGUCAUUCGAAUUUUGA